CUCGACAUGCCCGACAUUGUUUUUUUUUCCAUCGAUUUUCCUUCAAUUCGACGUCACGAUUUUCGUCGACGCAAACAGUUUGACAGUUCUCUUCAGCUGGUCUUGUUUGGACUUGAUUGCAACCGAAUCGAACCCGUUAUUGUUGAUGUUGGGCUUCGGAAGGAUUUUGACCGGUUGAUAGAUAUUCAGAAUUCGGUCUUCGUGGCGGUGGGGGAGGAGGACGAGACGCAUGAAUCCGGCGGGCCAGGUCUUCGUGGCGGAAGACGGGACCGGAAGGAACCGAGCUUAUGGAGGAUAUGGUUCAUUCCAAAGGAGGAGGAGGAUGAAACACCGAGUGUCAAAAGUUCUACCCAAGGUAACCAAAAAUUUUCCAAUCUGAUCCUGCUAACAAACCAGCGUCUUUGUGUUGUCCCACGCAGUUUGUUGAACGGAAGCUGUAACGACCGCAUAAACAUCUGCUCCGGAAGUACGUAAACCGACGUUGUCCCGUACUCCGGUGGCCAUCAAUCCAUGGGACAUAAACGGUGGCGGUCGGCUCGAAAUGAUGGCUGGCAAAUUCCGGACCCGGAAGACAACGCCAAAAACUUCCGGCCAAGAUGCCGAGCGAUGAGCUGAAAGACCAACUGGAAGACAACGCCAAAAACUACGUGGAGAUCGCGACACACAAGUAAAAUUAAUGAAUGUAUUUUAAAUCGAGUGAAAAAGUGAAAUUUACAAUAAAAAUACAUCUAAAAAUAAAAAAAAAUAAAAAAAAAUAUCUAUUUUUUACUGCAACUUAACCUAAAAACCCGAAAUGACAUCACACGACAAAGGCACGACAUCCUAAAUAACAAAACCGUGCGACGUCGGUCGAAUGUCGUACGACAAUGUCGUACAAUUUCGAUCAUCG